AUGGCUCCCACAAGUGAAUCGGAACUUAUCCUCGUCGACCCAGACGGCGACUUGAUCUUAAAAGUUGGCAGUGAACGUGGGACUGCGGAAGAAAGCGAACCAAACGCCUCCCAGAACAGCAGUGACGGCCCAGAAGCAGCGACGCAGGAAGUCGCAGAGAACAAACGGCCAAGCACCCUCCGAAUUCGCGUUUGCAGCAAGUUCAUGACGAUGUGUUCACCGGUCUUCAACGCCAUGCUCAGCGGAUCCUUCCGCGAAGGCCAGCUUCCUCUGAGUCCCCUGGAGCCACCGACUCUGGAGCUGCCGGAAGACGACCCUCGGUCCAUGGUGGAACUGUGCAGGAUCCUACAUCACAAGUGGGACCCAAGGCUAGAAGCAUUCCCUUUCGGCGUUCUAGAGACCGCGAUUGUGGCAGACAAAUACGGCUGCAGCGCAAUCGCAAGAUCAUGGUUCCAUCAUCGUUUCCUGAGGGAGACGGCCAAAAAGAGUGGAUACUCUAGACUAGACCUUGCUCAGCUCAUUAAGAUAUCAUACGUCUUGGAUGAUGUCGAAGCCUUUUAUUUCCUCACCCUGGAGGCAUACAAGAGAUGGCCCACGAAAAAGAACAAGAGCGAUGUAUUCAUUUCCGAGCUCUCGCGCAUUCCUCCUCUACCCAAAGUUCAUGAAAUUCUGGAACAAAUCGCUAUAGCUCAACUCAGAGAGCUCACUACUUGUUGCUACGAAAUCCUUAGUGUUCUUUGCGAGGAUAGAAGAGUCUGGGGUGGACUAGGAGCUCAUUCGACAAUCUCCACAUUCGAGCGGGAAGAAGGCGUCCCUAAAGUCUGCGACGGCCAGGCGUACAGAAUGGCACAGUUCAUUCAAGCAUUGUACGAGUUUGGCCUCAGUCUUCCGCUUGACAACUACCGAAAGCCUGCGACUCUUGAAGAAGCCAUCUGCAUCGUCCGGCAGAUUGCCAAAUCACAUGUCAAGGACACGUUAGUGCCAUGUGUCAAUACAAAUUGUUAUUCUUGUGAAACGGCGUGGGACGAGGUCAUCGAAGACAUGGCCGAGAAAUUCGAAAACGAGCUACAUGGAAUAUGCCUCGUCUGCCUGCGGCGUGGGGACUUCACGGCAUGCAAGAUAGUGACCAAGUGCACAGAACACAACGAUGGGUUCGCCUCGGGCUGGUCCAUGAAUUCAGGCCGGGACACACGAAACUUCGAAAAACUGACAGAGUAAAAGGAUUGCGUUCUCCCCACUGAAGCUGCAAGGGAGGGGAAUAGAUGAUCCUGCGGUGCCUGUGUCUGCUGCGCCAUAAAAGAGGCACAACAGAAUGCCGCAGAGUUCAAC